AUGGUACAGGAGUUCCGCAACAGUUCAGCUUGCUGUCCGAGUUCUUCAAAGCAGGCCCUCGGCGGCCUGUCGGGCGAGUGCCUGGCUUCGCUGCGUCUCGCCCCUGGGGCCUCGGUGGCCGAGCUGAAGCGGCUCGUGGGCGGCGCCGGGCCAGUGAAGCUCUUCCAUGAGGGGCAGCAGAUCUUUAGCUCUCAAACUCUCGCAGAAGCAGGGCUUAGGGAUGGAGCCGAGAUACAGAUGAUUAUGGUGCGAUCACAACAGCUUCUGGCAGGAGCCAUGGAUGGCGCUGGAAGUAUUUGGGACUUGGAAGAACACACAAAGGUGGAUGACUUUCACCAUGGAGCGGAACUGAAUGCGGCGGCGGUUUCAUUUGACGGUGCUCUCUUUGCCACCGCCGGCUCUGAUCGCCAGGUCGCCAUUUGGCAACGCGACGCCUCACGUGACUCUGGAUCGCCUCACGCGACUCUGACAGGGCACCGAGGACAAGUCUAUUCCAUCAGCUUUUGUCCUGUGACUCCCACCUUGUUCUCCGCCAGCGGCGAUGCGACCGCUCGCUUGUGGAGCCUUUCUUCCGGUCAAGAGCUCAUGUCCUUGAACUGGCACACUCGCGACGUGAACACCGUCGCCCCCGCGCCGGACGGCCACGUCUUGGCCACGGGAUCCGACGACUACUGCUUCGCGCUCUGGGAUCGACGCACGGGCGAGCGGAUUCGAAGCUGGGAUGGCCGCCGUGGGGAGGGACACUCGGGGCGCGUUUAUUCGGUGGCCUUUGCGCCGGAUGGGCACUCCAUUGCCACCGGUGCGGUGGAUAAGAAGGCCAAGGUGUGGGACACGCGGACUGGAGCUUGCCUUCAGGCCUUUACGAGUCACACAGACUUGGUGAACUCAGUUUCAUUUUCCCCAGAUGGCAAGCUGCUUGCUUCUGCUUCGGACGACUGCUUGGUGCAUGUUUGGGCGCCGGGCACAGCAGAAUUACUCGCCACAUAUCGUCACCCUAGCAACGUUUUAUCCGCCAGCUUUGCAGAGAAUGGUCAGCUGGCCACAGGUUGCGACGAUGGAAAGAUUCGACUUUGGGAUGCUAGCUCCAAUGAAGAGCUUUCAGAACUUGUUGCAUCCGUCGCAAAGUGCGCCGGCAUCAAGUCUGAGCCGGGCAGCCUCGCCUCGAGCCUCGCCGGGCUGCUCCCCGCUCGUUGUCGCACCCUGGCGGUGGGCGAGGGUGACUUUGCCUUUUCGGAGGCUCUUGCGACUUCCAGGGCUUGCAGGGCUCGUGGCCUAGUGGUGACCUGCUUGGAAGCUGAGGCAGAGUGCAUUGAGCAGUACGCUGGAGUGCAGCAACGCCUUCAGCAGCUGAAAGAACUGGGGGUUCAGGUCAUUUGUGGGGUGGAUGCCACACAACUGGGGGCUGGGCCCUUGAAGGGCACCGAAGCCUUUGAGCGCAUCGUCUUUAACUUCCCACUCUUGCCGAUGAAGGUCCAUAAGCCACGUGCUUCCAACAACGACGUGCAGAUUGCGAACCGUGCCAUGCUGGUGGAGUUUCUUCGGAGUGCUGCCUCCUUCCUAAGGAAAGAUGGUCUCGUGCUCAUUGCCAACAAGGACUGCUAUCCAUAUUCCUGGUGGCGUUUGGAGGCCUUACCCGAAUGGGCUGGCGGCGAGCUGGCCUUUUUGGGAGCUUUGCCCUGGCAGUACACGGAGUAUCCCUCCCUCUAUGGAGGCCCUUGCAAUGUGAACCGAGAUGCUUCGGUAAAGCCCACCGAUGCUGUCAUCUUCUUGUAUGCCCAUGCAGACAGCAAGCAUUUCAGGCGAGCCCUGGAUGCCGCCGCAUCCGCCUGGAAGUAUUGCUGCAGUCCUUGCUUUCCACAGCAAGAUCCUUUCGACUUCAGGUGCGAGAUGUGCCACGUGAGCACCCGCACCGCUGCAGAUUUUGCGGCACAUGAGGCAGGAAAGAUGCAUCGGAAGCGAGUAGCUUUGGAGCAAUGCUGGCAGGCAGCUUUGGAAGCUUCGAAGCAUCAGCCCUUGAUGGAAGUCACCUGCAAUUUGCGAAACCGCCAGCUGCCACAGCAGGCGCAGCACUCCGGUGCCAAGGCAUCCAAGUUCGCCGCAGCGCCGAGGUGGGCUUGCACUUGUUGCGAAGGCAUUGGAGCUCUGUGGCAAAAGGGAGUGCCAUCAGAAUGCCAGCAGUCGACGGUGCCAGCAGACCUGUUUGGUUUCUGGGAAUGUAACCAACCUGUUUGCAGUAGCCGUUUGCACAAAGAUGUCACCAACUCUAAGACGAUUCUGAGUUGA